AUGCUCGCCGCUGCUCCACGAGAUCCACGGGACGUGUUAAACGAAAAAGCUGAUCAUAUUCUGAACGGCUUCAAAUUAAAUUGGAUGAAUUUACGCGAUGCCGAAAGCGGGCGAAUUCUAUGGCAAAGCACCGAAGAUAUGGCAGACCCUCAUCACGAGCAUGAAGCCCACGUUCCCAAGAGCAUACUCAAAUGUCGCACCGUAUCCCGGGAAAUCAAUUUCACGUCCAGCGAGAAAAUCGAUAAAUUUCGUCUGGAGCAGCGAGUAUUUCUCAAGGAGAACAUCAUUGAAGAGUGGUUUUUCGAAUUUGGUUUCGUUAUCCCUGACUCGACAAAUACGUGGCAAACGCUGAUCGAGGCUGCUCCCGAAUCACAAAUGCUUCCUGCAUCACUGCUCAGCGGGAAUGUUGUUGUGGAGACUUUGUUCUACGAUGACGAUCUCCUCGUGAGCACAUCGAGAGUUCGGCUCUUCUACGAAUAA